AUGGCAGUAAUUACGAUUGCAACUAUUACAGCCCAUGGUACAGCUAUGGUCGCUGGAUUGUCCUCGCAGCCAUCAUCCUGCAUCUCAGCCCGCCGUCGCCGCCGUAGAGGCAUGCAACCCUUCCGUGGCACUGGCUGGGCUGCUGGACAGACUGCCCCUGGACAUGGCGCGCCUAUGUACACAGGCCCCCCUCAACCGUACGGACAACAAGCGGGUCCACAACCGCCAGUCUAUUCGCCACCACCUCAACAGCAGGGCUACAAUCAAUAUGGAGGUGCCAACCAAGGCUAUUUCGGUGGACAACAGACUGGCGUUGAAUUACAGUCACCGGGAAAUACUUACCAGCCAGGAAUUGGUGGCCAACCGGUCUAUAAUCCGCCUGCUGGACCGCCGCCAGGGAAGAAUUAA